CGUCAGAGGCGGGAGGGGCCGCCAUUGGCUGGGUGUCGACGAUGAUUCUAGAAGUGACGUGCGGUCGGCGGGGUGGGCGACGCCGCCGCCAUACACGCCCUGAGCGUUGCCGCGGCAACAGUACGUCUCUCCUCGCUCCUCGUUCUUCAUAUUAGUCACUAUGCCUAAAGCUGUUGGCAUUGACCUUGGCACCACCUUCUCAUGUGUGGGUGUAUUCCAGCAUGGGAAGGUAGAAAUCAUUGCAAAUGACCAGGGUAACCGUACUACACCAUCGUAUGUGGCUUUCACUGAUGCAGAGAGGCUCAUUGGUGAUGCUGCCAAGAAUCAGGUAGCAAUGAACCCAAACAAUACAGUUUUUGAUGCUAAAAGGCUAAUAGGCAGAAAAUUCAAUGAUGCAAGUGUUCAAGCUGAUAUGAAACACUGGCCAUUUACUGUAAUUAGUGAUGGUGGCAAACCCAAAAUUCAGAUUGAAUACAAGGGAGAAACGAAGUCUUUUUACCCAGAAGAAAUUUCAUCAAUGGUACUUAUCAAGAUGAAAGAAACGGCUGAAGCUUACCUUGGCUCCACUGUAAAGGAUGCAGUUAUAACAGUGCCUGCAUACUUCAAUGAUUCACAGCGGCAAGCCACAAAGGAUGCUGGAACUAUCUCUGGUAUGAAUGUGCUUCGUAUUAUUAAUGAACCCACUGCUGCAGCCAUUGCAUAUGGUCUAGAUAAAAAGGUUGGUGGUGAACGUAAUGUUCUCAUCUUUGAUCUUGGUGGUGGUACAUUUGAUGUUUCAAUCUUGACAAUAGAAGAUGGUAUUUUUGAAGUAAAGUCUACUGCAGGUGAUACUCACCUUGGUGGAGAAGACUUUGAUAAUCGUAUGGUUACCCACUUCAUUCAAGAGUUCAAACGCAAGUAUAAAAAGGAUAUGAGUGACAACAAGCGUGCAGUAAGACGGCUACGUACAGCAUGCGAACGUGCUAAAAGAACUUUGUCUUCAUCUACACAAGCAAGUAUUGAGAUAGACUCCCUGUAUGAAGGUGUAGACUUCUACACUUCAAUUACCAGAGCUAGAUUUGAAGAAAUGUGUGCUGACCUCUUCAGAGGCACACUUGAUCCUGUAGAAAAGUCUCUCCGUGAUGCAAAAAUGGACAAGAGUCAAAUUAAUGAAAUUGUUAUGGUGGGUGGUUCUACAAGAAUUCCAAAGAUUCAAAAGUUGCUGCAAGAUUUCUUUAAUGGUAAAGAGCUUAAUAAAUCUAUUAAUCCCGAUGAAGCUGUUGCUUAUGGUGCUGCAGUUCAAGCAGCAAUCCUGUGUGGAGACAAGUCUGAAGCUGUUCAAGACUUGUUGCUGCUGGAUGUUGCUCCACUUUCUCUUGGUAUUGAAACUGCUGGUGGUGUAAUGACUGCUCUCAUUAAACGCAACACUACUAUUCCCACAAAGCAGACUCAGACAUUUACAACAUAUUCAGAUAAUCAACCAGGUGUUCUCAUUCAGGUAUAUGAAGGUGAACGUGCCAUGACCAAAGACAACAACCUUCUUGGCAAAUUUGAAUUGACUGGUAUUCCACCAGCCCCACGUGGGGUUCCUCAGAUUGAGGUUACCUUUGACAUUGAUGCUAAUGGAAUUUUAAAUGUAUCUGCUGCAGACAAAUCCACUGGCAAAGAAAAUAAAAUCACCAUUACAAAUGACAAGGGACGGCUCAGCAAAGAAGAAAUUGAGAAAAUGGUUCAAGAUGCAGAGAAAUAUAAAGCUGAUGAUGAAAACCAGCGUGAACGAAUUGCAGCCAAGAAUAGUCUCGAAUCUUAUUGCUUUAAUAUGAAAUCUACUGUGGAAGACGAAAAGUUCAAAGAUAAGGUUUCUAGUACUGAUCGCAGCAAAAUACUAGAUGCAUGCAAUGAAGCAAUUAAAUGGUUGGAUUCUAAUCAGUCUGCUGAAAAGGAUGAAUUUGAGCAUAAACAGAAGGAAGUAGAGCAGAUUUGCAAUCCUAUCAUAACAAAGAUGUAUGCUUCUUCAGGAGGGGCACCUGGUGCACCUGGUGGGGCACCUGAAGGUGCCUCCACUGGCGGUGGACCUACCAUUGAAGAAGUUGACUAAACCAGUUCUUUGUAGCUUAACAUUUACAUCAUGUCUAUUUGUGAACAUUAUAUUUGAAAUAUUUGCUUGCCUAGCAUGUUAAAUAGUUAAAAAAUUCACUUAAAGCAUUAUAUAAAUAUAUUUUAGUAGCAGUGCUAUACCAAAAAAAUUUGCUUUAAACAAUGGAAAUUCCUAAAUCAUAUCUUAAACUAAGAAUGUACUGAAUUAAAUUUUUGAUGUAACUGGUUAAUUUCAAAAGGCUCUUUUUUUUUAUGAAAGGUUGAAUCUAGUGCAUUUGUGUGUGCAGAUGAAAUAUUAAAAUUAAGCUGAUAAGUGUUAAUUAAAAAAUUAUAGUAAUGGAAGGAUCUAUGUAAUUUGAUGCUUUAGUACAUACACUGCAUUGUAUUUAUUUUUGGUAAAGUUGAGAUUUGUUUUUCAGUUAACCUGGUGGAUGCUUGUGGCAUGCUUAGCUAGGAGUACAAACAAAACUAAUUGAUAUUAAUUUAUUGUGUACAUUAGAUUACAAUUCUGUAUAAAAGUACAUGGUAAUAGCUAAAUUGUAAGCAGCCAUGUUAAGGUAAAGCAUUUUUUGUUUUUAUAGCAACAUUCUACUGUUAACUAAAACAAAAUUCAAAUGUGAAACUUUACUAAAGCAGGCAAAAUAUUGCUGCCAAAUCAGAUUAUUUGCUCUGUACAUUUAAUAAAUAUUGAACUAGC